AUGCUAAAUGAGAACACGAGGGUUUCAGUGUGUGCUGCUGCCUUUGACCAGCAGGAUGCAGAGGUUGUGUGUAGAGAGCUGGACUGUGGGGCUCCUGUACAGGUGCUGGGAGCAGCUGCUUUUGGCAAAGGAGAGGGUCAGAUGUGGACAGAAGAGAUUCAGUGCAGAGACAAUGAAUCUCACAUUUCAUUCUGUUCAGUGUCAUCUUCAAACAAACACAACUGCACUACUGAUGACACAGUAGGACUGAUCUGUUCUGGUUACACUGAGCUCAGACUGGUAAAUGGCUCAGACUCUUGUUCUGGAAGAGUGGAGUGUCAGUUACACAGUUACUGGGGCACAGUGUGUGAUUCAUGCUGGGACAUGAGAGCUUCAAGUGUCCACUGUAGACAGCUGAAUUGUGGGAUUGCUCUGUCUUUUGUGGGAUCGGACUGGUUUGGAGAGGGAAGUGGUUCCUCUCUAGCUCUUCAUGAUGGGGGAUUGCGGUUGUCUGAAGAGAGAGAGUGUGAGGGGGAGGUGGAAGUUUACAUCCAUCAGGUCUGGAGGAGAUUUCUGCUGGACUCCUGGAGUCUCACUGAAUCCUCUGUGGUCUGCAGACAGCUGGGCUGUGGCUCUGUGCUGAACUUCUACGAAUCCUCUUCAUCCAGUCCUGAACACAGUCAUGAGUGUGUGAUGGGCUUCCAGUGCUCUGGGACUGAAGCUCAUCUGGGGAACUGCAGCUCUCCACAAACUCUCAACUGUAGCUCCACACAACAGCUGUCAAUCACCUGCCAUGGUCGUGAGUCAGUCAGGCUGGUGGGUUCUGGAGGAGACUGUGCAGGGAGGCUGGAGGUUUUUCACAACGGCUCAUGUGGGACAGUGUGUGAUGACUCCUGGGAUAUUAAAGAUGGCCAUGUGGUGUGCAGACAGCUGCAGUGUGGAGUGGCCCUCAGUAACCAGCAGGUACCAGCCUGGUUUGGUCCUGGUUCUGGACCCAUAUGGCUGGAUGAGGUGAACUGUGAGGGAAAUGAGAUGUCCCUGUGGAACUGCUCUUCUCAGGUCUGGGGAAAACAUGACUGUCAACAUAAGGAGGAUGUAGGAGUCAUGUGCUCAGAGUUUAAAGAGAUCCGAUUAACUAAGGGCUGUAAGGGUAAUGUGGAGGUUUUCUACAAUGGAUCGUGGGGUAAUGUAUGCUGGAACCAGAUGGACAAAGACACAGCGAGUCUGAUCUGUCAAGAGCUGAACUGUGGAAGAUCUGUUUUUUUGUCCGAUUCUACACCAAGAGUGAAAUCAGCUCAUAACUGGCUAGAUAAAGUGAAAUGUCGACCGCACGACUCAAAUCUUUGGCAGUGUCCAUCAUCACCCUGGGGACAGAAUGACUGUGGUCAUAAUGAGGUGGCCAAUAUUACCUGCUUAGAGCAUGUUCCUCUGAGACUGAGUGGAGGGAAGGGCCGCUGCUCUGGGAGGCUGGAGGUGUAUCAUAACGCUGUGUGGGGUUCAGUCUGUGAUGAUCAGUGGGACAUCAGGGAUGCUCAGGUGGUCUGCAGGCAGCUGGGUUGUGGAGCAGCACGGAGUGCUGAUGGGAAUGCAGCCUUUGGUGCUGGUGAAGGUGUUGUGUGGCUGAACAGAGUCGAGUGCAGAGGGAAUGAGAUUCACCUGUGGGACUGUCCUCUAUCCCUGAAUAACCACACUGACUGCUCACACAAAGAGGAUGCUGGACUCACCUGUGCAGGAAGGGUCCUUUCUAAAGAACAACAUUCUGGGUAUGAGGAUGCUGAUGAGCUUUUAUCAGCAAAAUCUGCUAAAGGAGAUACACCUGACUACUAUAUUAAUGCCACCACCACUAAACGCCCCACAGAGAGAGUUCAGGAGUAUGAUAAUGUGAAGAAUGUCAAUGAAGACAUUCACAGGAAGACAUACGUUCUUCUUGGCAGAGUGAGGUUGGUCGGAGGUAACAGUCCCUGUAAUGGAAGAGUGGAGGUUCUUCAUUAUGGUCAAUGGGGAACAGUGUGUGAUGAUGGCUGGGGUAAAGAUGAUGCUGACGUGGUGUGUAGAGAGCUGGGCUGUGGGAAGUCAUUACGUGCAGUUGGUGUUGCAUAUUUUGGACAUGGAUCAGGACCAAUCUGGUUGGAUGAAGUGGAGUGCAAAGGAUCAGAGUCUACACUGGUGAAGUGUAAAUCAAGAAAAUGGAAUAAAAGUAAUUGUGGUCAUCAUGAAGAUUCUGGAGUCAUCUGCUCAGGUCGCCUCCCCAGACUUGUCAAUGGAUCCCACCUGUGUUCUGGGAGAUUAGAGAUACUGCAAGUGAAGACAUGGGUUUCAGUGUGUGAUGCUUCUUUUGAUCAACAGGAUGCAGAGGUUGUGUGUAGAGAGCUGGGCUGUGGGGCUCCUGUAAAGGUUCUGGGAGCAGCUGCUUUUGGCAAAGGAGAGGGUCAGAUGUGGACAGAAGAGAUUCAGUGUAAUGGAAGUGAAUCAUACUUUGUAUUCUGUCCAACGUCCUUGUCACAUAAAGACAUCUGUUCCCAUGAUAACGAUGUGGGACUGAUAUGCUCUGGUUACUUAGAGCUUAAACUGGUAAAUGGUUUAGACUCAUGUUCUGGUCAAGUGGAGCUUCAGUAUCUCAGUGAAUGGGGCACAGUGUGUGAUACAUGCUGGGAUAUGAAGGCUGCCAGUGUUCUCUGUAGACAGCUGAAUUGUGGGAUUGCUGUGUCUGUUGUGGGAUCAGACUGGUUUGGAGAGGGAAGUGGUGAAAUCUGGGCUGAUAUGUUUGAUUGUCAGGGGAAUGAAACACGGCUUUCACAAUGUCCCAUCUCUUCAUGGAGUCGAGCUGAACGUUCUCAUAGUAAAGAUGUUGGAGUCAUCUGCUCUGAUUCGUCUCUGGCUCUUCAUGAUGGGCGAGUGCGGUUGUCUGGAGAGAGAGAGUGUGAGGGGGAGGUGGAAGUUAACAUCCAUCAGGUCUGGAGGAGAGUUCUGCUGGACUCCUGGAGUCUCACUGAAUCCUCUGUGGUCUGCAGACAGCUGGGCUGUGGCUCUGUGCUGAACUUCUUUGGCUCCUCUUCAUCCAGUCCUGAACCCAGUCAUGAGUGUGUGAUGGGCUUCCAGUGCUCUGGGAGUGAAGCUCAUCUGAGGAACUGCAGCUCUCCACAAACUCUCAACUGUAGCUCCACACAACAGCUGUCAAUCACCUGCCUUGGUCAUGGGUCAAUCAGAUUGGUGGGUUCUGGAGGAGACUGUGCAGGGAGACUGGAGGUUUUUCACAAUGGCUCAUGGGGGACAGUCUGUGAUGACUCCUGGGAUAUUAAAGAUGCCCAUGUGGUGUGCAGACAGCUGCAGUGUGGAGUGGCCCUCAGUAACCAGCCAGUACCAGCCUGGUUUGGUCCUGGUUUUGGACCCAUAUGGCUGGAUGAGGUGAACUGUGAGGGGAAUGAGACAUCCCUGUGGAACUGCUCUUCUCAGAUCUGGGGAAAACAUGACUGUCAACACAAGGAGGAUGUAGGAGUCGUGUGUUCAGAGUUCAAAGAGCUUAGGUUGACUGAUGGUUGUAAAGGGAAUGUGGAAGUUUUCUACGAUGGAUCGUGGGGUAAUGUAUGCUUAAAUCAGAUGGACAGAGACACAGCGAGUCUGAUCUGUCAAGAACUGAACUGUGGAAGAUCUGGCAGUGAACCCACUUAUUCAGAGGGGCUGAGGUCUGCUCCUAAUUGGUUGGAUCAUCUUAAAUGUCGAAAACAUGACAGGACACUGUGGCAGUGCCUCUCUUUACCCUGGGGCGAGAACAACUGUUAUUAUGAUGAGGUGGCCAAUAUCACUUGCUUUGAGAAAGAAAGUCAUGAGUCUCCACAGAGUCAUCUGACAUGUUCUACGUCUCCUCACCAGAGACAGUGUUCAAAGCAUGUUCCUCUGAGACUGAGUGGAGGGAAGGGCCGCUGCUCUGGGAGGCUGGAGGUGUAUCAUAAUGCUGUGUGGGGUUCAGUCUGUGAUGAUCAGUGGGACAUCAGGGAUGCUCAGGUGGUCUGCAGGCAGCUGGGUUGUGGAGCAGCACUGAGUGCUGAUGGGAAUGCAGCCUUUGGUGCUGGUGAAGGUGUUGUGUGGCUGAACAGAGUCGAUUGCAGAGGGAAUGAGAUUCACCUGUGGGACUGUCCUCUAUCCCUGAAUAACCACACUGACUGCUCACACAAAGAGGACGCUGGACUCACCUGUGCAGAUUUGUCUGUGUCCACGACUACUGCCCAAAGAACAUCAACUUUUCCUCCAGUUUCACAGACAAAAAGGAGACCAGUGCGAUCAACAUCAAUCACUCUACCAAAAACUCCACCAGAAGCUUCUCUCUCCAUCCCUCCAGUGGUUGUGAUUGUACUGGGAUCUGUGCUCUUACUGCUCUUACUGCCACUCAUUAUACUGAUUCAGCAGAACAGAGUGAUGAGGAGAGGUACGUGA